CUCCUGUCUCUCGGGCUGCCCGCCCCCCUCACAGCCUUUGCCUGGGUGUCCGCCCCUCUCGCGGGUACUUUUGUGUAUCCCUGGAUGGGAAGCUUGAGCGACCGAUGCAAGUCUCGUUACGGUCGUCGCCGGCCCUUCAUCCUGCUCGGUGCAGUGGGGGCGGUCCUACUCUUGGCCUCGUUGGCCUGGGUGGAGACUGUGACUCGUGCUGUUUUGAUCCUAGUGACUGCACUGAUCCUGAUUUGGUUAUUGAAUUUUGCCAUCCAGCCCCUUCAGAUGGGGUUGCGCGCUCUCAGCGUGGACGUCUGUCCCGGGGCCGAGCAAGGUCGAGCCAAUGCGUGGGCAACAAAUUGCAUCGGAGUCGGCAGAUUCCUUGGUUAUGUCUCCGCAUACAGUGUCGGGCUUGGCUCAACGCCUGCCGAGCAGUUUCAGGCGAUGGCUCUCAUAGCAAUCUUGUGCCUGUGUGCUACAGUCGCUUACUGCUGUGCGGUGAUCGAAGAGUCGCCUCAUACACCCCAAGCCACUUCUACGAGGUUAGCGCUGUCGCCUAGAUGUUGGCUCUCGAUUUAUCGUGCCUUGCCGUCCGGUGUUCGUCUCCUUUGCCAAGCCCAAGUGUGUGCUUGGACGGCAUGGUUCUCUUUCUUGUAUUAUUCCACGAUCUAUAUUGAAACACUAAGUGCACAGCCUCUCUAUACUAACCCUCAUCCAGACAAGAUGUCCUUCCAAUCCAGCAGCAAUAUCAUUGUGUCUAUGCAACAAGGAGUUGUGUUUGGACUCGCCUUUGCCAUUGUGGCUUUGUGCACCGCACUCACUUUGCACGGCCUCAUGAAUCGGUCAAAAAGCAAGCAUGAGCAAGCUAUUGCGAGGUACGGCAUUUGGAAGCUCCUUGCCGGAAGCCAUGUGACCUUUGGGUGCAUUUUGCUGGCCACUAUACUCGUAGACCAGUGGAUCCCUUCAGCAGUCAUUCUCUGUCUUUGCGGUAUACCUUGGUCAUUGCUGCUUUGGGCACCUUACACGAUUAUCGGAAGUGAGUUUGCGGGAUUUGAAGGGGAUCCAGAUGGCUGCGAAGAGCGUAUCGAGGCGCGAAACCUUGACAUCGGCGUAGUAUUGAGUGUACAUAAUAUCUGCAUUUCGUUGCCACAGGUCUUUGCUGCCGUGCUGGAUGGGGGGAUCAUCUGGGCCGCGGGGAGAAUGGGGUCCCAGAACAGUGCCGGCUGGGUUUUAAGACUGGGAGCGGCAGGCCCUCUGAUAGCGGCCUAUCUUACCAUCAAAAUGGUCCGAUAUUAG